AUGGUCUUUAUUCUCGGCGUCAACUUCCCUGAGCGGAAUCUUCUCAAGAAAUCCCUCGAGACCUUCUUCGGAGUCGGAGGUAAUACCUCUUCUCGCCUUCUGGCCCGUUUCAACAUCCACCCGACCUGCCGCGUCGGAGAGCUUGCCAACAAGCAGGUUCUCGACCUGACCGCUGUGCUGUCGGAUAUGAAGAUUGAGAACGAUCUGCGACGAGAGGUUUUGAAUGACAUCAAGCGCUUGAAGGAGACCGGUACCUACCGCGGCCGUCGCCAUGCCCUGGGUUUGCCUGUGAGAGGACAGCGCACACGCACUCAGAUCAAAACCCCUGUCAAACUCAAUCGGAUGGAGCGCCGGCUGUAA